AUGUCAAAAGCGCGUCCUAAGCAUGGGCAAAAAGCAGAUAAAGGUCUCAAAGAUAUCAAGAUUAGGAAUGAAGCGAAAUACCAGCUGGAAUUAUCUCCCACCACCAUUGAAUCAACUCCAGAAGCAAAAGAACAGGAAUUUCAAAACAACCUAGACUACUUGUUAACCAACAAAGAAAGACCGGCAAUUGUACCCGAUGAGCAGACUUAUGUUACGGCAAAUGUAAUUGAAGAGAUUGAAAUUGGAGUUGCAUCUCAAAGCGGUAGGAAUUCUGGUAAACCAAAAGCUCUGAAACGUUCAGCAAGAAGGAACAACUUCACUGUUGCAGAAAUCGUUAAGGAUAUAGGUGGUCUCCAAUUUUCGUCUGAUGAUGACGAAGGUGUAAAUUUGGAAAUUGAAAGUGUGGCUGUAACUUCAAGCCAUGGUCCCGCCAAGAGGAAUAAGAAGAAACCCAAAAAAAAGAAUCAGGAGAAGAAAACUCUUAACGAAUGUGUUGGCCGAACUCAGGUGAUCACUGAUGAGAACCCAAAUGGAGCGUCCCUGUCAGAAAAGAUAAUAUCAGAGCACAACAACAACUCGAAUGGAGGGGGCAAAGAAGAGCCAAGUCAGGUGUGUGUUAGCAAGGAUAACAAAACUUUACCCAACAAAGUAAACACCGAACCGAAAAGGGGUGCUGAGAAGAGAAAGAACAGUACUAAGAAGGACUCGAAACGUGGUGCAGGAAAAGACAAGCUUACGCACAACAACGACGAGCAGGGGGUCAGUACGUCUGAGUCCAAGUCUCCUGUCAAGAAAAGUACAAAAGACAAGAAAUCGAAUCAGACAAGAAAUCACAAACAACCCCCUGCUGUGCAGGACGGGGAAACCACCCUUUCUAAAGAUGACUCUAAACAAAAUACAAAACCUAGUCCAAUCAAGUCAGAACAUGGCCAAGCCCCUCAAACUGAAUUGAAAAGGAAGAAAAACAAAUCUGCAAGGAAAAGAGAACCAUCAAAAAGUAGAACAGACAACACAACAUCUUCACCAAAAGUGGGUUUAGAAAAGACACAUGCCCCCUCUAGAGGCGUGCCUGGUAACCCAACCAAAGACAAUACAAUAGUAAGUACCCAGAUUUAG